GGAUGCAUGCAUGUGUAAUUUACUACGCGCCGCGGUGCUUCGAUUCGUCGUGAAUGCAGGCCAGUAUAUUCGUAAAUGCAUACGUACGUCACACAUGGAGAUUUCUCAGCACCGCACCGAUCAAUCAUGCAUUAAAAUGUCAGCCGGCAUGUUGCAUGACGAGAGUUUAAAAAACAAGAGGCUGGUUAUUCGUGUUGUUCUAUGCGAUCUGCGUCGUAGAGACUCAAACAGGCAACUAAUGGCUUGCCGUCGCGGAAUUUGAGGUUAACGUUAAUUUCAAUACCCUUUUUCCACAAAUUUAAUUGUGCUCUCGUCGUUUGUUUUUGUCACCGUUUCGAUAUCGAAAUUCUAUGCUACGUAACGAUCAUCGGACUAUAAUGGAGGUAGCAUCUGAACUCGCGUUUUGCAAUUAGUAUAUCUAAUGGUCAAACGUUGAGGUUAUACUCUGAGUGCAGACCUAGUUAGACAGCAAGUCACUUAUAAAUCAGUUAUUUAAUAUGCACGAUUUUUUCUUACCCUCUUGUCCCAGGAAUAUAACACGAUUGUUGUUAUCUGCAGGUUCAGAAUAAAAACAAACAAAGAUGAUGGGACGAAGUAAGUGUCCGAACUGUGGAGAAAAUACAAACGCAUCAUCUUCGCGCCUUAUCGAAGAUGCUUGUGGCCACAGGAAAUGUCGAAUUUGUCUCGUCGAUGAGGAGGACGGAUGUAAGACUUGCCAGAAUACGCCACACAUUCAGAAGAUUGGCAACUUUGACUAUCCAGUACGCUCCUCCCAACUGGAAUCUAUGCCUCUGGUUUCCAGUGUAUCUAAACCUCGUUCUGAGAAAGAAGAAACUCCCUCGCAGCCUCUGGAACUUGUGAUGAACAAGAUGCCAGACCAUGAUCGAGUUCAAUUUGACGAGCAAGAUUCGUGUGAAUCGGAAAGUUCUGGUCGCCAAUCGGAUUGGGUUGAUGAUCAGAAUAUAAGCGCUGAAAAUAUUCCAGGAAUAUUGAACUCGAAUCACAAUAACUCUGCGGCUUUGGCGCAGCGAUAUGUUACAUCUGAAACAGGGUUUAAUGCUAGCGAGCAAGUCACAGAACUCCAAGCACCUGUUAUCCUCCAAACUCAUGCCCAAAAAAUGGAACCACUGGAACUAGUCACCGACGUACGAUUCUCUCCAAAAACCGAAAACAACCAUCAGAACAUGCCAUCUCAGAUAAGAAAUAGAAACGAAAAAAGUGAUGAAACGAUCGAUAUUCCUGAACAAGAAGAAUCAAAAAAAGUAAAGGGACGCAAGAAUAGUAAGCUGAAAAGAAGUCAUAUAUCCAUUAUACCAGGGCCACCAGAAACGUACAGGUGUAACAUAUGCGGAAAAACUUUUAAGAGUGCUACGGCACAGAGAUAUCACGAUUCCUGUCUCACUGGGAUAAAACCGUACAAGUGUACCAUAUGCGAUAGAAGUUUUGUCAAGCAGUCACACUUUCAGUAUCAUGAACGAACACACACCGGCUACAAACCUUUCAAAUGUUCAUUCUGUGGAAAAGCAUUUCCGCAGCGUAAUAAACUCAACAGGCAUCUUCAUUGUCACCAAGAUGAAAAACGUUACAAAUGUUCCAUUUGCGAGAAACGAUAUAGCAGUCAAAAUGAUUUGAAGAGUCACAUGAACGUCCAUACCGGCGUUAUGCCAUAUACAUGCCAAAUUUGCAAGAAAUCGUUUCGCGAGGCAACCAAUUUGACGCGUCACAUGCAUACGCAUUCUAAUGAACGACCUCAUAUGUGUGAACAAUGUGGAAAGAGCUUCAAAGAUAAAAGCUUGCUGGUUCGUCACAGGCGUACGCAUGGAAAGGAGCGCCCAUUUUCAUGCUCAGACUGCUCUAAAGUAUUUCUAUCCAAAAGUGAGCUGAGUCGGCAUCUCGCAGUGCAUUCCGACGACAAGCCGUUUCCUUGCCAGUUUUGUAGCACUGUAUUCAGACGAAAGGACAAUCUUAAUCGGCAUAUGAGACAUCAUCAUUCGGAGGAUCAAACCUCAACGUCAGAAAACAAAACUAAAAACCGGGAGGACGAGACUCGGCCAGUGAAAUUAAAGCCAGCUAUUACUUCUAAACCAAAAACGAAAUCAAAAGGAAAGUCGAGAGCCAUUUCGGCUGUGUUACCAAAGAGUCCGUGCAAAAUGUCACUUCAUUAUCUAAAUUCCCAUGCGCAAAUUGACUCUCAAUUGGAUUGCAGAAGUAAUGUUACACCGGUUAUAAGGACGACUAGUGAGUUGAGUAAUGCUGUGCCUGUAAUCAAUGGACCAAUUAGUAUCAAACGACCAGAAGAGAAGAUGAAUUCUCCAAAAAAAGCUUUCACUCAUACAGAACCAAUUCCACUGGCCGAAGCAGUCGUUAUAAACCGUAGAAUCGAAGAAAAGUUAUAUCCCAAAACAAAUUUAAAUCAUGACUGUUAUUUCCAAUCUGACUUUUGCAACAGGAUUGACAGACAUUCGGUUCACAAGAUAAUACCCCUCCGACCAAAUACUUCCAACAAACCAAUGACAGUUGGCAAGAUUCAGAGCCCUGAAAGAUCACAAUUCGAAGCACAGUCUAAAAAAACGCAGCCUUCUCUACCUGAGAAGCUGCUUUUUUCGGAAAAUCAAAUUACGCAGCUUGAAACAGUUAAAACAUUGACUGAAUGUCACGAUACAAAAGGCAUGAACAUCCCAAGGCAUACAGUUCCAAAAAAACGUGCAAUAGAUCAGUUGAAAUCGAAACCUAUAACUGAUUACUCUUCGAACUUCCUAACAGUAUUUUUACCGGAAACUCUGUCAAGCACAACCAAGUGUGAACCAGAGAGAGCUAAUUGUGUACCUACAAUUACAAAAGCUAGAUGUGCAAAUAGCAGGAAUGACUUGAGAGAGUCUAAUUUAUCCACCGCAUGUGGCCCAGAUAACUUUGCAUCAAAUGAAAUUAAUGUAAUACAUAUAGAAGGUGUAGAAAAGUCGUCGAAUGUUAAGAAGUUGAGCGAUAUACAUUGGAGACGGAGGACAUCGGAGAUACUAAGACCUCGCAUCCAUGGAUUCAAUUCUUACAUAAAUUGUCAAUUGUCUAAAUUAGAAAUGCCCAACGAAUUGACUGAUGUAAAAAUGGUAGGGGCUAGAAAAUAAUUUUACUAACGUUUACAAAAUUUAAUCCGGUUCGAAGGUCGGAUUGCAUUGAAGGUAUGUGAUAUAAGAAAAUUGAAUAGACUCGGAAUUGCGAAUGAUGUGAUAUUUUGAUUGAAUAAUGUUUAUUCUUAUUUUCAUAAGACUUCUUACAAAACUAUCUUAUGUAUUAUAUUAUAUGUAUAUACACGUUAACUAUCAUGUGGUAAUUAAACUUUACAACUCUUCUUUUCACGUAAAACUGAAAUUGAGGCGAAUGAAUUGAAUAUUUCUUCUAUUCGAGUUUUAUAAUAAACUUUUAUAUUGUUUAUAUUUCAGUAAAGACCUUAUACAGUACUCAAUUAUUAAUAAAACAUUUUUAUUCUUAAUUACAACCCUAAAACUGUCGUAAGCUUUACAGCGAUAAAAGUUACAUAACUUAUUGUCAUGUUAAAACUGAACUUCGAACUUGUCGAAAGUUGUCACUAAAUAAAUGAAAUACGUAUAUAUAUAUAAAGCACAUUUUCUAGAAUGAGUUUCAGUCAGGAUAUUACACUCACAAGCCACUGAGCAAGAUGCUCAGCUUAAUUACUAUGCAACUUAAGACAACUUUUAAAAAUCAUUUGAAUUUCAAAUAUUAGUGACUAUAUGCUUCGAAAUCGCGUAAAACUGGAGAAGAGAUCAUUUGAACGCUGGUGAUGG